AUGUCUGAUCAGAAAGAAGAAUUUGUUGCUCAGAAUACUGUUAAUGCAUCAGAAGAAAAUGAUGAUGCUUUUGAGACUAUCAAUAUUCCGGUUCCCUCAGAAGAGCUUCCGGAGUCCGAUCAAACUGAAGAUAAUGAAUCUGAAGUAGAACUGUCUGGUGAGGGCCAUGGCACACAUGCUGAGGAGGAAAGUAGCCAGAGGUUACCAAGCCUGGAACCAAACGGCGAAGAACAACCUGUGGGAGAGGUUAUGUUGCCCAAACACGCUUCAUAUUCUCCAAGACAUUCUCCAAAGCACUAUCGAACUGAAUAUGAUAAUGCAAUGCUGCCAGCCAGAGGGUAUUCUGGAUCUCUGACACUUCUGAAUAAAAUAAAGGCCAUAAAGGAAUCUCUGAAAACAUCAAUGAAAGAUUCCUUAGCAACAGUAAAAGUUGUACUUUUUCCUGUGGGCCAGGAAAUUAUAAUGCCUUUUAAAAUAGACUCCAUUGUAAAGUACCUCAAGGAUCAUUUUUCAUACGUAUUAAGUAUCCCAUCUAACGUACUGCAGAUGAGAUAUUCAGGAAUAAUCCUUAAAAAUAAUGAGACCCUGCUACAACAUGGAGUUAAGCCACAGGAUAUUGUACAAGUGGAAAUCUUUUCUACAGAUCCAGAUCUAUUUCCAAUCAAAAGAGUAGAUGGAUUAAGUGAUGCCUCUCACAUCAUAACUGUCAGAGUACAAACUGGCAUUGCUCAGUACCAGGACGUAGCUGUUGAGAUUAUAAAAUCUGACUUUCACAAACCAUUUCUUGGUGGAUUCAGACAUAGAAUAACAGGAGUAGAAUAUCACAAUGCUGGAACACAAACUGUACCUAAAAAGAUUACCAAAAAAGACUAUGCAUUUUGUAGGGAUACCCAGACAGUUUUUCAGAGAAAAAAGCUCCAGCAAACUACAAAUACAACAUCCACACAGAUGACUAAAAUUGGGGUGUAUGUAUCAAAUAUGACUGAUAAACUGGUAACACCAGGAAAAUAUUUUUCAGCAGCAGAAUACCAUGCUCAAAGAUUACAGGCGGUAAUAGUGUUACAGACUUACUAUAGACGAUGGCAUGCUAAAGUCAUGGUAGAGAAUUUAAGAAGACAGAAAAUGUUAAGGUUGAAGUGGGAAGCAGAGGAAGAACAAAGGAAGAUAAGAGAAAAAGAAGAAUGGAUGAAAUUGGACUAUCACCGGAGGCAUAAUCCUCAGACAAAAGAAGAUUUUGAGCUUCUUUAUAAUGCACUGGAACUCUGGCGGCAAGAAGAACUUGCACGCAUUAACCAAUCUUUCACUGGGGCUGAAAGGAAAGCUGCUUUGUGUGAACUUCUGGAAAAAGAGACCCAGAUAAUUGCUUCCAUUGGGAGGCAUAGAUACAUUGCAUAUACGGCAAACCAGGAAGCACUGAUACAAGCUUUUUUGGAUAAGUGUUCAGCUCCAAAGGUAUGGAGAACAUUUAGCGGCAAAAUAAUUGAGAUGGAUACACAGUUCACCAUCAGAGCCAGAGAGCUGCAGAACAUCUAUAAAUGCAUAAUGCUGAAAAAUAUCUCUCAAGAUGAAAGACUGGAUGUACUCCUAACACUUAAACAUACUGUGAAGGAACAUGAAUGUAAACUGACUCAGGAAAUUCUAGAAUUGAUUGACAGAGAGGUUGACCUUAUGAUGAGAGGCGUCAAACAUCAUAAUCUUGAAGGGCUCAGAAAAAGAAUCGCAACACUCUUUUUUCAUUACAUCAAAACACCUCUAUUUAAUCCAGAAGUUGCAAGACACCUUAAGGUCCCUCAAGACCCAUUGAAGUUUUAUAAGAAGAUUUACUUUUGCCACAGUUGCCAGCUCUAUUUGCCUUCCACAGAGUUUGCCGUAUCAUCCACCUCACACCGCGCAUACCGGUGUCGUAACUGCAUUAACCUUGACAAUGAGACUCGGCAACGAGAAUCAUUUCUGAAGUACAAAUGUUUACUUCAACGGCUCUACUAUUCAGAAGCUGAUUAUGAAGAUGAUUCUAAAAUUGCUUUCCUGAUGCAGCUAGAAGAUAUUCAGUACCUGAUAGAGAACAUCUGGGCAUCGCAGUCAGCACUCAGUGCCUGGAAUGAUCUCCAUGAUCUGGUCAUGGUCAGGUGGGAUAAGUCCUUGGAAUGGUCCCCCUGGAACUGCAUUCUUCUUACCAAAGAUGAAAGCAUUGCUCAUCUCAAGCUAACAAGUAUUGAAGAGGGAUAUGAACCCUCGUUUAUUCACAAGAUCAAACACAAACAUAUCCUGGCUAAGAACUAUUUUUCUCAAAUUCCAGUGCUGGCUUCAUUUAUACUUGAUGAUGGUGAGAUAGAUGAGAUCAGAAAGAAAUAUCACUCAGAAACAACACCUAAGAUUAUAGUGUCCCAGAGACCUAGUCCCUAG